CUGCUUGGUAGCUCUGCAAUUGCGUUGUCUGGUUUAGAUGUGAAAUUUGAAUGGGGUAUUGGAUAAGGACUCAUUUUGAAAGAAGAUAAAAAUAAAUAUAAAGCUUAGAAAAUGAACGAUCUAAGGGGAGAGUAAAAAACGUGGUGGAAAAUUUUCAGGUCAUGUUUCUUUAUUUGCACUAUAGGGUGAUCUGAAACUCAUAUGGGUGCGAGAGAGAUAGGGCUAAUGACGCUUCACGGCGAAGCAAGGAACGGAUGAAAAAUUUGAGGUUAUGUCAGCAACGAUUGACAAGGUAUACCGAAGAGUAGCACGACCCUACGGCGGCUAAACUUCCCCCAAUUAGUUCAAAGGUCAUUCAUACCAUGGUCGAAUUUUCCACCACGAUUCAGAUCAAUGGCAGCGACCUCUACCAGGAAAACGUUGAUACCUACUAAAUUUCGUUUGAAGCUCAGUGCAUUUCAGACUGAAUAAUUCAGUCCAGGCGUGUUAGAACCCAAGCCAGAACCGUGUCAACAGAACCGCCAGCAAAGAGCCGCAUUUUCCUUCGUACUUCUACCAGAGAGCUUCUACAGUAGAUCGAUUUUUAAUUCCUCCGAAACAAUGAGCUACGGAUAUCAAGGACCGCAGUACCCGGGCCAAAUGCCCCCAAACGCCAUGGGGGGUCCGCCAGGUGCCCCAGGGACCUCACCUUAUCCCAUGAAUCCCGGUGCAGGCUAUCCUCCUCCAACUGGACAGCAGGCUUACCCUGGAAUGCCACAGCCAUUUUCGGCCUAUCCUUCUACUCCUUAUCCACCUAAUCAACAGCAUUCCUCGAUGCCUUAUUCUCAGCACGCCGGACAUGAGCAGCAAGUUCCGCAACCCCAGCAUUACGGGAUGCAACAGAACGCUCCACCUGGCACUUAUGCUCCACCCGCCAACAAUCCUUACCCAGGAAAUUCGGUUCCGUAUCCCAGCCAUCCGGCUCAGCCGGUAAAUGCUGCCCAGUAUCCUGGUCGCUUUGUUCCUUUUGAUACAAACGAUUCCACUCCUCCUUUUCCUCAGAAUACUGCAACUACGUUCCCAAGUAAUGCUAGCCCUCACGCACAAGGUUCGGGUCCCUAUCCAGGUGCCUAUAAUCCUGGCGGCCAGGGAAUCGCGCCUGCGCACGCACAGCAUGCUAGUGCGACCUCAUUUCCUCCUCAGCAUGGAGCUCCAGUCCCACAUCAGGGGCAGGCUCAGUCUAAACUAUCCCCGACUGUAGUGACUUAUCCUGGCUUCGAUGCAAGUGCUGAUGCAGGAGCGUUGAGAAAGGCAAUGAAAGGAUGGGGAACUGACGAGAAAACCAUCAUUAAUAUCCUUGCGAAUCGGACAAACCGCCAGCGUCAAGAAAUUGCCAUACAGUUUAAAACACUCUACGGCAAGGAUCUGAUUAAGGACUUGAAGUCUGAAUUAUCUGGCAAUUUUGAAAAUCUGGUUGUUGCUAUGAUGACGCCGAUUGCAGAAUUUUAUGCUAAGGAGCUACAUAAUGCUAUGUCCGGCAUGGGUACAGAUGAGUGUGUUUUGAUCGAGGUUCUGUGCACUAUGACCAAUCAAGAAUUACGUGUCAUCAAGCAAACGUAUCAAUCCUUAUAUGGGCAAUCUUUGGAAGACCGUCUGAGGUCAGAAACUUCAGGAUGUUUCAAACGCCUUAUGACAUCCCUUUGCUGUGCCAAUCGAGAUGAGUCAAAUUUCGUAGACCCGGCUGGAGCGCAACGCGACGCUCAAGCACUGUUUAAUGCUGGAGUUGCACAAUUCGGAACUGAUGAAUCAGUCUUCAACCAAAUUCUGGUGUCAAGAAGUAUCCCACAAUUGCAGCAAAUAUUUGCGGAGUACGAACGUAUAGCAUCUCAUGAAAUUGAAAAUGCCAUAAAAAGCGAAUUCUCUGGAGACAUUGAAGAUGGUCUCCUCACAAUCGUCAGAUGCGUCAAAAAUCGCCCUGCUUUCUUUGCGAAACAAUUGUACAAGAGCAUGAGAGGAGCUGGAACUGAAGACGAUCGACUGAUUCGACUGGUCGUCACUCGCUCUGAAAUUGAUAUGGGGGAUAUCAAGAGAGAAUUCUCUCGGGAGUAUAAUCAAACUCUUGAACAAUUUAUAUCGGAUGACUGUUCAGGGGACUACAAGAAAUGUCUUCUCGCUCUGAUUUCUUAGAGCUUAGAGAGGGCCGACCAAAUUUUUUUUCUUAUAAAAUCACGUGUCACCUUGCUUCACGUUUUAAGUAAGUACAUGCAGUAAUGCAGAUAUUUGUCUUCAAAAGAUAAUACGAUUGUCAUUUUAUGAAUUUCUUCAUUCACAUCCGAAAUCUAAAUUACUGAUCUUUCGGUUACUAAACAACAAGCCGAAUAAACUGUUUUUUCGUGAUACUUUACAUCAACGUGAAAUGAGAAGAGUCAGUCGGUCUGUCCGACAAAUUUUCCUGAUGAUCUCGAAAACAGCCAAGUGAAAAAUCUGAAACAAAUAGGACUUGGCAGCCAAAUGAAAAAGUGUGAAAGAAAAUUUUCCAAAAAACAAAAUAUUUAAAAAUUAAAAAAAAAAAAAUAAAUAUAUAAAUUGGAAAAAACAUGUAAUAAGACGGAAACAGUAUAUGGUAGACGGUAAGUCAUAGAAUAUUUUUCAUGCCCAUCAUUUCGUCGUAAAAUCCUGUAAGUUUCAAAUUUUUAUCAUCCAGCCGUCGCCGAGAUUAUCGCGGAAGUUUGUCGGACUGACCGACAGACCGGCAUCCAGACCGACAUUUUUCGAAAAACUUGUUUUUCGGAUUCUAGCGGUUCGAAAACGUAAAGAUUCGUUGAAAUUAGGAUAAAUGAUUUCUUACCGAAACCAAUACUUUCUUCACAUCACCAAAGGUAAUGAAAAGUAAUAUUGAAUCUACUGCAAGUACUGUACUGGAGUUCUUUUUAUCUUACAUUGAUCCUUUUCUCUAAUAAAACUAUUCUACGAUGUAUUUUUACUGAACAUAAGCAUAAUUGUUCAGCUAUUUGGAAUGUAUUGUAUGUCGAAUCUAAUGUUGAUAUAACACUUUUGUUAUUCUAGAUCAGAACAAAAUGCUUGUCAUGUAAUCUAAAAGUGUUGCUGUGCCAAAAUUGAGAAUAAUAUAGUGUCGAAUUGUGACAGACGAUCGAAAUACUUGCAAAAGAAAAAACAAAUAAUCAAAAAAAAAAAAAAGACAUAGAUCUGAUUAUGCUUGUUAUAUUUAUAUAAACAUUUACAAAUAUUUGUGUAAAACUAUUUUACUCGUGUUCGACGUAUUGCCUUGGAAAUAGAAAUUUUAUUGAUAUAUCCGUUCAAAUGUUGCUAUUAUUGGGAUGAUGUUAUACAUUAUAACAUAAAUAUCUAUAUCUGUAUAAAUGUUAAAAUAUAACUGUGUAGUUAACUGUAUACUACACUAUGAAUAUCCAAGCAGGCAUAUAUAUUGCACAAUAUGUUUUAGAAAGAUUGCUACCUGUUACACGAUUCGUGAAUACACCAAUUUUUCUAAUUUUACCACAUCACUCUGCCGACGAAUAAUAUAUACGUUAAUUGAGAGUUUGCGCUUCCAGUGCCUAUAAAGCUAUAUAUUUUUAUAAAGCCGUUUUCCCUUUUUGCUAAAUUCCUUGCUGUUGCCCAGAGAAACUGUUAGUUGUACCAUGCGAUUAUACUCAUCUUGUAUCAUGUAUUGUUCUUCUAUUGCUGAUAAUAAAUUGAAAUCGAAAUGUAAAAA